GCUCAGUGUAGAAUCAGUUGCUGGUGUCUAGAAGAAGACAGAAGAAUAAGAAAAGCAUCAAAUAUUCAUAUUUGAGAAGCUGGAAUUGGUGAGCCAUGCUUUCUGAGCGAACAUAUCUGGGAGAUGUUCCUUCUCUUUGUCCACACACAGCUAACAUGAUAAAUGCAGAUAUUGCUCUGGGUCAAAAGUCUGCAAAUGGAGACCAGGACUGUGUGAAGGUUCAGGAUGAAUUAACCAAUGAGAGUGAUGAGAGGGAAGUGAGUGCUGAUCAGAGGAACUGGAUCCGCCCUGAUUUACCCAGCAGGUGUACCUGGAGGCUGGGUGCACCUCUUUCAGAGUCGCCUCAUAGCCACCCAGCACGCACCAAAGCCUCCAGCAUCCUCCCCAACAUCCUUGGAAAAAUUGGACACACACCUCUGGUUCGUUUGAACAAAAUCCCAAAGGAGUUUGGACUCAAGUGUGAUAUUUUGGCCAAAUGCGAAUUCUUCAAUGCAGGAGGCAGCGUGAAAGACAGGAUCGCCCUGCGGAUGGUAGAAGAUGCUGAGAGAGCUGGGAUCCUCAAACCAGGAGACACGAUCAUCGAGCCCACCUCUGGCAACACGGGUAUUGGCCUCGCGUUGACCGCAGCAGUGAAAGGCUACCGCUGCAUUAUCACCAUGCCUGAGAAGAUGAGCAUGGAGAAGGUCGAUGUGUUGAGAGCUCUCGGGGCAGAAAUAGUGCGCACACCUACUUCUGCAGCUUUUGAUUCACCAGACUCUCAUGUAAGAAUGGCUUGGCGGUUAAAGAACGAGAUCCCCAACUCACACAUCCUCGACCAAUACCGUAAUGCCGGCAAUCCUCUGGCUCACUACGAUACCACAGCCGAGGAGAUACUGGAGCAGUGUGAUGGUAAACUGGACAUGUUGGUGGCCGGAGCUGGCACAGGCGGUACACUUACUGGUGUUGCUCGGAAGUUGAAGGAGAGGUGCCCCAAUGUCAGGAUAGUUGCUGUGGACCCUGAGGGCUCCAUUUUGAUUGAGUCAAAAGAAAAGAGCGAAAUGAAGACUUCUUUUGAAGUGGAGGGCAUCGGAUACGACUUUAUCCCCACAGUGUUGGACAGAUCUCUUGUUGACAUGUGGUAUAAAUCAACUGAUAUGGAGACCUUCUCCAUGUCACGCAAGCUCAUCAGAGAGGAGGGUCUUCUGUGCGGCGGGAGCUCUGGCUCAGCCAUGGCAGCAGCAGUGAAGAUGGCUCAGCAGCUUGAGGAGGGACAGCGCUGUGUGGUCAUCCUGGCCGACUCAGUCCGCAACUACAUGUCGAAGUUCCUGAGUGACAAGUGGAUGUGUGAGAAGGGCUUCCUCAGCCCGGAGGCUCUGCUGGAUUUUAAACCCUGGUGGUGGAAGAUGACUGUCCAGUGUCUACACCUGUCUGCCCCCCUCACUGUGUUACCUUCUGUGUCCUGCCAGAAAACCAUUGAGAUCCUCAAGGAGAAAGCGUUGGACCAGGCUCCGGUCGUUGAUGAGUCAGGUGUGAUCCUGGGGAUGGUGACUCUGGGAAUCAUCCUGUCCUCCGUGUCGGCUGGCAAGGUCAAACCCUCAGACGCUGUCAUCAAGGUGCUCUGCAAGCCUUUCAAACAGGUGCACAUGACAGACAACCUGGGAACGCUGUCCCACAUCCUCGAAACAGACCACUUUGCCCUGGUGGUGCAUGAUCACACCCAGUAUAAUGCUGAUGGGUCUGCUUGCCAGAAGCAGAUGGUGUUUGGCGUUGUGACAGCGAUCGACCUCCUCAACUACAUCACCACACAAGAGAGGCAGGAUUGCUUGUCGUCUGAAUGCUCGCUGUCAGACGCAAUGUCUCUGUCAUCAAUUUCUGUUUAAGACGACAAACAGCAGCACGAGCACCUGUGGUUUAGUCUAGUCAUGUUUAUUUCAGUGUUUCUGUGGCUACAUCUUGAUUAAUUGAGUUUGGUAGCAGUAGUAGGUCCUCUGUAGUAUUAAUGUCUAACAUUAUGAAAUCAGCUCUUUUUUUGAGUAACGUUUACUAAAAACUACAAUGCCCAGCUGUUUGAGUAAAUUAGCUAUCCUUUAAAUAAAUGUAACUAUAUAUUUCUGAUGUAACUAUAUAUAUUUAGAUUUACAUCUUAACUAGGAGCAAAUGAGUUUAGGGUCUGAGUGCCACAGAGUGAGUAGGGAAGCCAGUAAGUAUUCAGAGAAUAACACAGUGUUGGUUUUGGAUUUUAAUGGGAUUUGUUGACAAUAAGGACAAUAUAUAAAAACACCAGCCUCACCCCUUUAAAGACUUAAUUUGUUCAGACUACACUAGAUUAUGAUUUUGUUUCUGGUAUCAAUCAUUAAAAAUGUUACAUUGAGUUUACCUUGUAGCUCUAAUGGGCAGUAAAGCCAAAAUCUUAACUCAAGGUCCACCUACUGGCAGUGUAAGAUGUGGACAGCCUCCUUGAUCUUUUUCUUGCUGUUCACUGACUUUUAGUCGAUGAUCAAUACCGUGAUUGGUUUUAGUGUGAUGUUUGUGUACAAGAGUUUUUUAUGAGAAACUCUAACUUCAUUCAUUUAGGUUGUAGUUAAGCUUGUUACUCUUCUGCAGCUCAGUACAGGGGCGGGUGGAUGAAGACUUCCAUCUAGUGACUGAAAAUCUUAACACUGUGUUUCUAAUGACAGGAAACUGUUGCUCUCUAGAUUUUAGACCUUUUAAGUAAAUGCAGUGUGAUAGAACUUGUUCCCUGACUCAUGUCCUCCUUUGGCCUGUUGUUACCAUGUGUCUCAAUAGACCAGAGGGGGGCAGUAUUAACUCACUGCAGGGUCAGAGACAUCAUAAAGUAUGUGUGUGUGUUACUUUGUGUACAUUGCCAGUGCAGCUCUCUACUGAAACUUUUCUGAAUGUUCAGUUCCUCAUGAGAACCGUGAGUACAGUGGGCCGUGCUGUCUUCAGUCAGUAAGAGCAUUUAUUCUUUAUUAGUACAACUGGAUGUUUCAGCACCUCCUGGUUUGAUGCGAGAACAGAUUAAAGAGGCAAAACAUUAAAAAUUAUUCCCACAUGAAUGUGACAUUGAUUUGACUAAUAAAAAUGCUAAAAUAGUUACUUAAUUUGGCUUUAUUCUCAAAUUAAAUAAAUAUUUUUACAGGACGUUGAGAGUAGCGAUACUGAGAAGAUAAUGUGUUUGGCCAUACUGUUACAUCACAUUAUGACCUCAUAAUAAUUACACUGAUGCUGAUUUAAUUUUGUUUUUAUCGUUAGUAUCAUUAAAUGAUUAGGUGAGCCACAUUCAGCUGAUCUGAUUUCA